AUGAUUCAGGGAACAAUAGCGAGUACAGUACCUGUUGAUGAGUUGAGCAAGUUAAGCUUAGACAAAAAUGACCAUACACACCAAAAAAAGAGCAAUUCGAAUGAACAAAAGGAAUACUCCAUUUUUGUUAGUGAUAUUAUCAAAAACUUGGACAAAAACAAAGCAGUAAGAGUCUCAGACCCCAUAGAGAUAGCCACAUAUUCGCGAUCCCAUUGCUAUGAGUAUUCUGUUAAUGAUAAGUCUGAGUUGGGUUUUGUAAGCAAUGCAACGAUAAACAGCUUCAGACCCACCAGCGCCACCAACAACAAUUUGCUAAAUGGGUAUAACUUUGGUAUUCUUGAGGAGAAAUUCAGUGUAAAGAACUGGUCGUUGGAAGGGCUAGUCAAGUCAAUUGACUACUGCAACGACAAUGUGGAAGAAUACAGAACCAGCAAACUCACUGGGAACAUUGUUGGUUUUCGGAACUCUCUCUUCAAAUUGUUCAUGUUGCCAUACAAGAACAGAGAGUCCCUUGACUAUAUCUUGCAAUGGCAUGAGGGCAAUUUGUACGUCAUCAACAAUGAGGAUCAGGACAUUGAGAGAAAGUACUAUCCAGAGAAUCAUUUGAAGUUCAUCUACUCAGGAUUCAAAUUUGAAAAUUUUCUAAUCAACAUGUCAAAUCGAGAAAAUAGAGAAAUGGACAAUUCCCAAUUUUGCACUGUUGUCAAAAGAAAAUUCAACGACAUAUCAGUUAUUAUAAGAGCUGAAGUUGAUUGUGCAAUUAAAAGAAAUCCAUCCAGCAACCAGUAUGAGUAUGUUGAGUUGAAGACACACAAAUACAAGAGACAUUAUGAUUUUGAUAGCAACUACAAUGCAAAAUUGUUUUUGGUUUGGUCGCAAUGUUUUCUAGCUAAUAUCAAUCAGAUUAUUUUUGGUUUAAGAAACAAUUCCAACUUCAAUUUAAUUGCAUUGAAAAAAUACCAUAGAAAUGAAGUUUUAUAUUACUUGAAACAAAACACUCCAUAUGGUAGUUUUGAUGAGAUUUGUACCAAGUUUUAUUAUUUCAUUUUGAAUUUUAUAUUAACUAAAAUUGGCAAAGAUGAUAAACUAUGGUCGUUGAAAUUUGACUCUUACGUAGGAAAACUUACAUUAAAACAAAUAGAUUCUAAAAUUGGCUUGAAAAAUCCCAAUUUAAUUAGUUAA